AUGACUGACUCAAAAUAUUUUACAACAAAUAAAAAAGGUGAGUCUUAAAACGAUUAAGGGUAUUGUCUUCUUCAAUGACACAUUGUCCCCUUGAUCAUGAGUGCAUGCCUACCAUUAGGAAAGUGCAACAUAACUCUGAAUGGAAAUAGAUUGGCUCCUACUCUCCUCACAGAAACAUGAUGUAUGAAAUUACCACUAAAGGCUGAACUGUUCAUGCCAAAGCUGACAACUAAACUGACAGUUCUACCAGUGUUGCUGGAUCAGAGCAUCAUUCUGUUGUCACACUGAACUCUUGCUUCAUCUGUAUCCUGUUACAGGGGAGAUAUUUGAGCUGAAGGCAGAGCUGAACAAUGAGAAGAAAGAGAAGAGGAAGGAGGCGGUGAAGAAGGUCAUUGCGGCUAUGACUGUGGGCAAGGAUGUCAGGUACAGUACAGCUGAUUGCUUCCUGUGACACUUCUGUGUGUUGACCAUUCAUCCCUCUGACAUUAUCUAAUGAUCUGGCUGCAGCUUCUGCUCUCCAAACACUUCUCAGCAAUUAUUUUUACUUUAAUGUACAAGAGAUUGCCUACUUGUCUAUAAUUGGCAAGUUAUGUAUUAUAAUCUCUAUUAUUAAUGGUAUGCUCCCUGAUAUGGCAUUAAUGCACUAAGUAAACAGGAUUCUGGGUAAAUUUCCGCAAUAAUUUAAGCAUUGAAACACAAGGCUAAACUUCUCCGCUGUUUUGGUCCCGUUGCUACCACGUUGUAACAGCCUGAAGUGAAUCCGUGCCCAUGCGCAGAUACUGUGUGAGAGCGAAGUCUUGCAUCUCGCUCAUCACAAUAUCUGCGGUGCUUCUCGUGGCAACGUCAUUUCGCUGAGUCUACCUUUAAGGGAAAUCAAAAGAUUUUUAAAUGCAACAUUUUCUGACUUGAUAUGUAGUUACCAUCGGCUAACUGUCAACAUAUGGUGUUUUGUAGUUAUGACCUAAAAUUGUCUGUCCUUUAGCUCCCUCUUCCCAGACGUGGUGAACUGCAUGCAGACUGACAAUCUGGAGCUGAAAAAGCUUGUCUACCUGUACCUGAUGAACUAUGCUAAGAGCCAGCCUGACAUGGCCAUCAUGGCUGUCAACAGCUUUGUCAAGGCAAGGCCUUUUUUUUUAAAAUAUAUUUAUAAUGGUAUUUUCUGAUUUUAUUAAACCCGUAGAGAGAGAGAGGAUGACAGUGGGGAAAGAUAGUGAGAUGUUGUGUCAAAGGGCAGUAGGUUGGAUUAAAACCUACGCCGACACUGUAGACAUGUAUGCCAGAGCCUGCAGCAUUACCUACAGACCAGGCAAGGCCUUUUAUUUUACAUAAAAAUAUACAUUUACAUGGUUUUCCACUUACUUUGGCUGUUGACUGUAAGUCGCUUUGGAUAAAAGCGUCUGCUAAAUGGCAUAUUAUUAUUAUUAUUAUUAUUAUUAACAUAUUACACAGCCUAGCCAUUGCAAUACUGUACUUCCCCAUCCAUAUAUAUCUCACCUCUCUCUCCCUCAGGACUGUGAGGACCCUAAUCCCCUGAUUCGGGCCCUGGCUGUGCGCACCAUGGGCUGCAUCCGCGUGGACAAGAUCACAGAGUACCUGUGUGAGCCGCUGAGGAAGUGUCUAAAGGACGAGGACCCGUACGUGAGGAAGACGGCGGCGGUGUGCGUGGCAAAGCUCCAUGACAUCAACGCCCAGAUGGUGGAGGACCAGGGCUUCCUGGACUCCCUCAGGGACCUCAUCGCCGACUCCAACCCCAUGGUAGGAUAGGCUGGCAUUAGGCCCCUAGGCACAGCCUAGACUAUGUACAUGUCAGGCGAAAUUCUCAGACUUCGUUUACAUUUCUUAUACACUUCGGGGGUAAUUUAAAAACAGCCUGUAAGGGUGUUGUUCCAGGACCUGUUUUAACUGUUUCUCAUGAUUAACCCUAUUUCCCCAAUGAAAGGCCAUUGCCAGACAAGACAGACCACUGAUCUCUGACCACUGAUCACUGUGUCUGAACCUCCAGGUGGUGGCCAACGCAGUGGCAGCUCUGUCUGAGAUCAGUGAGUCCCACCCCAACAGCAACCUGCUGGACCUCAACCCCCAGAACAUCAACAAGCUGCUGACGGCCCUCAACGAGUGCACCGAGUGGGGCCAGAUCUUCAUCCUGGACUGCCUGUCCAACUACAACCCCAAAGACGAGCGCGAGGCCCAGAGGUACGCACACAUCUUUUGUCGUCACCUCAAACGAAGUAGAUUAAUUUAGUUAGUUCUGUUAUCAUUCUGAAAACGUUUUGGAUUUUCCGGUUUCUAUAGAAACUGAACUGAAAGCUGAUUUUAGUCAGAGUAACAGGUAGCUUAGUGGUUAAGAGCGUUGUGCCAGUAACCGAAAGGUCGCUGGUUCUAAUCCCAGAGCCGACUAGGUGAAAAAUCUGUCUGUGCCCUUGAGCAAGGCACUUAACCCUAAUUGCUCCUGUAAGUCGCUCUGGAUGAGAGCGUCUGCUAAAUGACAAUAAAUGUAAAUAUAUACACUACCGUUCAAAUGUUUGGGGUCACUUAGAAAUGUCCUUGUUUUCGAAAGAAAAGCACAUUUUUUGUCCAUUAAAAUAACAUCAAAUUGAUCAGAAAUACAGUGUACACAUUGUUAAUGUUGGAAAUGGCUAUUGUAGCUGGAAACGGCUGAUUUUUAAUGGAAUAUCUACAUAGGCGUACAGAUGCCCAUUAUCAGCAACCAUCAGUCCUGUGUUCCAAUGGCACGUUGUGUUUGCUAAUCCAAGUUUAUCAUUUUAAAAGGCUAAUUGAUCAUUAGAAAACCCUUUUGCAAUUAUGUUAGCACAGCUGAAAACUGUUGUGCUGAUUAAAGAAGCAAUACAACUGGCCUUCUUGAGACUAGUUGAGGAUCUGGAGCAUCAGCAAUUGUGGGUUCGAUUACAGGAUCAAAAUGGCCAGAAACAAAUAACUUUCUUCUGAAACUCGUCAGUCUAUUCUUGUUCUGAGAAAUGAAGGCUAUUCCAUGCGAGAAAUUGCCAAGAAACUGAAGAUCUCGUACAACGAUGUGUACUACUCCCUUCACAGAACAGCGCAAACUGGCUCUAACCAGAAUAGAAAGAGGAGUGGGAGGCCCCGGUGCACAACUGAGCAAGAGGACAAAUACAUUAGAGUGUCUAGUUUGAGAAACAGACGCCUCACAGGUCCUCAACUGGCAGCUUCAUUAAAUAGUACCCGCAAAACACGGUUGGGAUGGUGUUCUUCGGCUUGCAAGCCAUCCCCUUUUUCCUUCAAACAUAAUGAUGGUCAUUAUGGCCAAACAGUUCUAUGUUUGUUUCAUCAGACCAAAGGACAUUUCUCCAAAAAGUACGAUCUUUGUCCCCAUGUGCAGUUGCAAACCGUAUUCUGGCUUUUUUAUGGCGGUUUUGGAGCAGUGGCUUCUUCCUUACUGAGCAGCCUUUCAGGUUAUGUCGAUAUAGGACUUGUUUUACUGUGGAUAUAGAUACUUUUGUACCUGUUUCCUCCAGCAUCGUCACUGCUGUUCUGGGAUUGAUUUGCACUUUUCGCACCAAAGUACGUUCAUCUCUAGGAGACAGAAUGAGUCUCCUUCCUGAGCGGUAUGACGGCUGCAUGAUCCCAUGGUGUUUAUACUUGCGUACAAUUGUUUGUACAGAUGAACGUGGUACCUUCAGGCGUUUGGAAAUUGCUCCCAAGAAUGAACCAGACUUGUGGAGGUCUACCAUUUUUUUCAGAGGUUUUGGCUGAUUUAUUUUGAUUUUAACAUAAUGUCAAGCAAAGAGGCACUGAUUUUGAAGGUAGGCCUUGAAAUACAUCCAUAGGUACACCUCCAAUUGACUCAAAUGAUGUCAAUUAGCCUGUCAGAAGCUUCUAAAGCCAUGACAUAAUUUUCAGGAAUUUUCCAAGCUGUUUAAAGGCACAGUCAACUUAGUGUAUGUAAACUUCUGACCCACUGGAAUUGUGAUACAGUGAAUUAUAAGUGAAAUAAUCUGUAUGUAAAAAAUUGUUGGAAAAAUUACUUGUGUCAUGCACAAAAUAGAUGUCCUAACCGACUUGCCAAAACUAUAGUUUGUUAACAAGAAAUUUGUGGAGUGGUUGAAAAACGAGUUUUAAUGAUUCCAACCUAAGUGUAUGUAAACUUCCGACUUCAACUGUAGAUAUUCCAUUAAAAAUCUGCAGUUUCCAGCUACAAUAGCCAUUUACAACAUUAACAAUGUCUACACUGUAUUUCUGAUCAAUUUGAUGUUAUUUUAAUGGACAAAAAAUUGCUUUUCUAAGUGACCCCAAACUAUUGUAACGGUAGUGUAUAGUGUGCUACCAGGUACCACUACUACUAAUAAUAAUACUAAUAAUAAUACUUGUAAUAAUAAUAAAAAAAUCCAAAACACACAAUACAGACAACAAUCAAAGCUAUAUACAGGUGUCGCAGAUCCGGAGGACAUGAACAGAAUUAGCAGAGGUCCUUGAAAGCUUUUCUGAACAGCAUGGUCUUGAGCUGUGCCUUAACUGAGGACAGAGAAUUUGCAGCCCUAAUAGUGUCUUGAAGUGCGUUCCACAGCCGCGGAGCCUCGCAAAUGAAAGCCCCGUCACCCAUAGUUUUUAGUCUGCUGCGGGGCUGCUGAAGGGAGAUGAACCUGGUGGAGCGAAGGGUGCGCUUGGGGCAGGAGAGUAGAAUGAGGUGGACAGGUACUUGGGUCCAGAGUUGUGGAUAGCUUGGUAGGUGUGAACCAGGAUAUUGUAGUCGAUUCGUGAGCAUAUGGGGACCCAGUGGAGGUUGAACAACACUGGAGUGAGGUGCUCGUGGGUGGAGGUGUGGGUGAGGACACGUGCACCACAGUUCUGGAGAUAUUGUAGCCUGUUUAGGCACUUGGCAUAUGCGCCAACAAAAAGGGCAUUACAAUAGUCCAGAUGGGAUGAAAUAAAGGAUGAGUGGCUCAGCUGCAGGUUGUGAUGGCAUAGUAACCUGCCAAUGUUCUGUAGAUGGAAAAAUGUGACUUUGGUCAUACUCUUGAUGUGGGCCUCAAACGAGAGGUGACUGUCAAAUAUCACACCCAGGUUGUGAACCCCACUGGAGGGGGUGACCUUGACACCAUCAAUAUUGAGGCUGUAGCUGCUGAUGUUGUUUAUAAUUGUGCGAGUGCCAAUCAGGAUGAACUGCAGGAAACUCCACUGCAUCCACGCUUUGAUGUCCUGCAGGCAGCUGACCAGGAGUGCAGUGGCAGUGUCAGUGUUUGUGGAGACAUACAGCUGAGUGCCAUCAGCAUAAAAGUAAACCCCAGUCCGUGUUUCCUCAAGAUGUUUCCCAGUGGCAGCAUGCAGAUACAAAUCAGUAGUGGCCCCAGGACCAAGCCUUGAGGGACCCCUUGUCAGACCACAACUGUGUCUGACCUACUAGGACAGAUGGCUACAAACUGGUAGCGAUCAGUGAGAGAGUUCAGGACGGUGUCUGACAGGCCCAGGAGCUUCUCCAUGCAGUCCAGUAGGAUGGCAUGGCUGACCGUGUCAAAUGUGCACUAAAAUCACUUAUGGUGUUGUCAACUUUUAAUGCCUUUGUAAUAUAGAUUGCACUAAUAAACCCAUCUCUACUCCUCUUUCUCUCCCAGCAUCUGCGAGCGGGUCACGCCCCGUCUCUCCCAUGCCAACUCGGCAGUGGUGCUGUCGGCCGUCAAGGUGCUGAUGAAGUUCCUGGAGCUUCUGCCCAAGGAGUCGGACUACUACAACACCCUGCUGAAGAAGCUGUCCCCACCGCUGGUCACCCUGCUCUCUGGGGAGCCAGAGGUCCAGUAUGUGGCCCUCAGAAACAUCAACCUCAUCGUCCAGAAAAGGUCAGUGGGCAACUUACACUCAACAUUAAUGCUAAGUUAUUGCUAGCCUCCAAGGGAUCAGGGCUGGAAUGUAGCAAUCCAUCAAAAUGUGUUUAGUUUAUCCCUUUCUAAAUGAAUCCUCAGUGAUGUGGAAUUUGGUGUUGGAUAAGGCCCAGUGCAGUCAAAAACGUGAUUUUCCUGUGUUUUAUAUGUAUAUUUCCACACUAUGAGGUUGGAAUAAUACUGUGAAAUGAUGAUAAUGCCCUUUUUAGUGUAAGAGCUGUUUGAAAAGACUGCCUGAAAUGUCAGCCUGUUUUGGUGGGAUGGAGUUUUUUCCUGCCUGGUGACAUCACUAGACGGUAAACCAGUUAAUCAAAUCAAAUCAAGCUCUAUUUAUACAGCACAAUUCAGACAUGGAAUGCAACGCAAUGUGCUUCACAGGAAAAAACAAAAAUAUAAAACAAUGAAAAUAAAAUAAAUAUUUACUACACAACAAACAUAAGAGGAUAAAAAACAAAAUAACAAUACAAAUUUAAAGAGUAAAAAGCACCCUAAGGAAAAGCAAAGCUAAAAAGGUGUGUUUUAUUAUCUCUUUUAAAUAUGUCCACAGUUUCGGGCCCCCCUCAGGUUCUCUGGCAGGCUAUUCCAGAGGCUGGGGGCAUAAUAACUAAAGGUUCCUCUCCAUGCCUCUUGGUCCUAGACUUUGGGAAAGUUAAAAGGACAGAGGACCUGAGAGACCUACUGGGUGCAUAACUUAAAAGCAUGUCUGACAUGUAUUGGGGUGCACAAUUGUGGAUUGAUUUAAAAAACAAUAAGAUAAUUGUAAAAUUAAAUAUAAAACUCACAGGCAGCCAGUGCAGAGACCUUAAAACUGGUGUAAUGUGUGCUCUCUGUCUGGUCUUGGACAGUACUCGUGCUGCAGCAUUCUGUAUGUUUUGUAGUUGACCAAUAGCUUUCUUGGGUAGACCAGACAGGAGAGCAUUACAGUAGUCAAGCCUGCUUGUAAUAAAAGCAUGGAUGAGUCUCUCUGUAUCAGCCUGAGAGAGAAACGGCCGCACUUUGGCAAUGUUCCUCAAGUGGUUAAAAGCUAUUUUGGUCACAUUCCUAAUGUGUGAUUCGAAAUUGAAUUCAGAAUCUAAAAUGGCACCCAGGUUUUUUUACCUGGUGUUUUAUCUUUAUUGCCAGUUAAUUAAAAUGUGCGACCAGAUUCUCUCUGUGCUUUGGCUCCAACAAUAAGUACCUCGAUCUUGUAUUGAUUUAGCUGGAGGAAGUUGUGAGCCAUCCCAAGUAUUUAAGUCACUAAUACAGUCCAAUAAUUUAUCAGUGGAGCUAAAAUCCUCUGGUGACACAGAAACUUAAAGUUGUGUAUUGUCUGCGUAGCAGUGAAAAUCAAUGCUGUGCUUUCUGAUAACGCUUCUAAGGGGUAACAAACUGUAUAUAAACUGAACAGUACCGUACCCAAAAUCGAACCUUGUGGAACGCCACGUGAUAUGUAUUUUCUCUGAGUUAAUUUCACCAAGGGUGACAAAAAACUCUCAACCAGUUAAAUAGGUGCUAAACCAAUUAGAACUGGACCGGAGAGGCCAACCCACCUCUCCAGUCUGUCCAGAAGGACAUAAUGUUCAACAGUGUUGAAUGCAGCACUUAAAUCCAAGAGUACAAGGACAGAGAGCUGUUUGGCAUUUGUGUUGGCACAAAGAUAAUUUACCACUUUAACUAAGGCUAUCUCUGUGCUGUUGUCGGCACGAAAACCGUUUUGAAGAAGGUGGUGGGGAUAGGAUCGAGAAGGCAGUUAGAAGGCUUGAGUUAUCACUUUCCUGAGCAUGUCUGUGUCAACCAGGGAAAAUAAAUCCAUAGUGCCUUUGCGUGGUAGGCUAGGGCACAUAUCAUCAAACUUCUCAUCAGGUCUUGCUUGACUGUUACCCAGGCUAAUGUUUGUUAUCUUGUCUCUGAAAUAUGCCGCAAACUCAUCACGUUUGGAAAGUUCACACAGGUUUGCGGGGGUAGGAUUUAUCAGGCCAUCAAUGGUCAAGAAGAGCACUCUUGAAUUAUUCUGAUUAUUAGUGAUCAAGUUAGAAAAAUUAGCCCGUCUGGCAUUUCUAAUUGCUUUGUUAUAUAUGCCAAGUUGCUCUCUCAGAACAUCAUUAUGGACCUGCAACUUUGACUUAAUAGACCAAUAAGAAAGUUAAUUCCAAACCUCCCUGCCAAUAACAGCUAGUUUUUGGUUUUCCCCUCCCGCUCAGACCACUCACAGACAAUCCUAGUAAAAUUCUUGCUUGAGAAAUUGCUCUAUGCAAAGAAGGAUUUAAAAAAUAUAUAUAUAUUUAAGGCAUUAAAAUUAAUUAAUUUUUACACAGAAAUUAUUUGAUAUUGAGAUAAAAGAGGCUGCAUUGGACCAUUUUAUGUCUUGGCACCAUGUUUUCGUUUUGUGUCCUCCUCACUUCCUAGCCACUAGAUGACAGCAUUUCUCUUCCAAUGUACCCUUCCCAUCUCUCAGCUCUGUGGGUUCAGAUCAGGACCACAUAGAUAGACAUACAGUGGCUUGCGAAAGUAUUCACCCCCCUUGGCAUUUUUCCUAUUUUGAUGCCUUACAACCUGGAAUUAAAAUAGAUUUUUUGCAUGCAAUAAAAUGCAAAUUAAUUACUUAAAAAUCAUACAAUGUGAUUUUCUGGAUUUUUGUUUUAGAUUCCAUCUCUCACAGUUGAAAUAUACCUAUGAUAAAAAUUACAGACCUCUACAUGCUUUGUAAGUAGGAAAACCUACAACAUCGGCAGUGUAUCAAAUACUUGUUCUCCCCACUGUAUGUGGCUUCUGAAGGUAAUUGGUUGCACCAGAUCUUAUUUAGGGGCUACAUAGCAAAGGGGGUGAAUACAUAUGCACACACCACUUUUCCGUUAUUUAUUUUGUAUAAUUUUUUUUUUUCAUUUUUUUUUUCAUUUCACUUCACCAAUUUGUACUAUUUUGUGUAUGUCCAUUACAUGAAAUCCAAAUAGAAAUCCAUUUAAAUUACAGGUUGUAAUGCAACAGAAUAGGACAAACGCCAAGGGGGAUGAAUACUUUUGCAAGGCACUGUAUAGAGUUGUUCUGUUCCCAUUAUAAAUGUAAUCUCUACUAUUUAGGCCUGAGAUCCUGAAGCAGGAGAUCAAGGUGUUCUUUGUCAAGUACAACGACCCCAUCUACGUCAAAUUGGAGAAACUGGAUAUCAUGAUUCGCCUGGCCUCCCAGGCCAACAUAGCCCAGGUACUGCUCAUGGAUCCCCAUACCUCAGUGAAUGGAAGUCUAUAUUAGGGUGUUCACUUCUCAUGAUUUGCUGUACAUCAUUUUAUACUUAGUCACUCUACACAGAAAACCAUCUUUGUACCAUUUUGUGGAAGCUAGCUCCAUACUGUAUAUGCUUUGUUUGUUUUUCAUACUGUAUCCAUUUGACUUAUAAUAAUGUUAUUGGCCCACAAAAAGAUACAGUUUUGUUAACAUAACAACAUGGCCCUUAGAAAACAACAGGAGCUAUCCCAGAUUUGCAUUCGUCUGUUCAGCCACACCAAAACACUGAGUAUACCAAACAUUAGGUACACCUUCCUAAUAUUGAGUUGCCAACCCCCCCCCCCCCCCCCCCCCCCCCCUUUUGCCCUCAGAAAAGCCUUAAUUCAUCGGGGCAUGGACUCUACAAGGUGUCGAAAGCGUUCCAAAGGGAUGCUGGCCAAUGUUGACUCCAAUGCUUCCCACAGUUGUGUCAAGUUGGCUGGAUGUCCUUUGGGUGGUGGACAAUUCUUGAUACACACGGGAAACCGUUAAGUGUGUAAAACUCAGCAGUGCUGCAUUUCUUGACACAAACCGGUGCGCAUGGCACCUACUACCAUACCCUGUUUAAGGGCACUCAAAUUUUUUGUCUUGCCCAUUCACCCUCUGAAUGGCACACAUAUACAAUCCAUGUCUCAGUUGUCUCAAGGCUUAAAAAUCCUUCUUUAACCUGUCUCCUCUCCUUCAUCUACACUGAUUGAAGUGGAUUUAACAAGUGACAUCAAUAAGGUAUCAUAGCUUUCACCUGGAUUCACCUGGCCAGUCUAUGUCAUGGAAAGAGCAGGUGUUCUUAACGUUUUGUAUACUCAGUUUAUAUUGAAGACUUAUUUCAACAGACAUGUUCACAUCCCAAUGCGUCACUCCUAAUCAGUCUUAGCUGGUACUCUUGACAGGCGUGCAGUCAAAUAAUGCCUUAAUGAACACACGUUUUGGACAGUGGAUGUGCUUGCUUCCUUCGCUGUUAAGAGCCAAGCUUUGGCUUGGGUAGCUUAGCCUUGGAUGCAUACAUAAUUCACCCAACCUUAACCUUGUCUCCUCAAAUCAUUCUCUUACAAUGUCAAUACGUUUGCUUGUCCUCCCACCGUGUCUGUGUGACUGUGUGUGUGUGUCAUGUUUUUCACUCAAAUGCCCGGCUCUCUCCCCAGGUGUUGGCUGAGCUGAAGGAGUACGCCACCGAGGUGGACGUUGACUUUGUGCGCAAGGCAGUGAGAGCCAUCGGACGCUGUGCCAUCAAAGUGGAGGUAGGAAUCCGAGACACCGUCAUAGACAGACACAGAGAGGCUCUCUGAUCAAUGUCUAUCUGAACUUCAGAUGUUAUAGCUGUUCCAUAAAAGUGGCAUCCAAUCUUCUAAAGUUGUUUGAGGGAUUUUAAACGAGGUAAUUUGGCCACUGAUUAAAAAAAAAUCUGUGUUGGGUCAGGGUUGACUUUGUUCCUGUUGUCUCUCUGUUAGCAAUCUGCUGAGCGCUGUGUGAGCACCCUGCUGGACCUCAUCCAGACCAAAGUCAACUAUGUGGUGCAGGAGGCCAUUGUGGUCAUCAGGGACAUCUUCCGCAAAUACCCCAACAAGUAGGUGUCCUUUUCCCUCCAUCCCCGAUAAUUAUAAUCUUUCCUCAUUAGGACCUAUACCGCCCCUGUCUGUGUCCAUCCCAAGGCCCAGACAGACACUAGUAUUUACCCUGACCCUUUGUGUUCUCUCUAUCUCGUCAGAUAUGAGAGCAUCAUCGCCACACUGUGUGAGAACCUGGACUCUUUGGACGAGCCGGAUGCGCGUGCCGCCAUGAUCUGGAUCGUGGGCGAGUACGCUGAGAGGAUCGACAACGCUGACGAGUUGCUGGAGAGCUUCCUAGAGGGCUUCCACGACGAGAGCACCCAGGUCAGUUGUCCCAGAGCAGAGCACCCAGGUCAGUUGAGGUCAGCAAUUUCUAAUCUAACUACCCCGCAAGACCCUUAAUAUAAAUCUGAAAAGAUUGGAUCAAUGUUUCACCUUGUUGGUUUCAUUUGACAAUCUUAAUGCCAGAUGGCCUUGAUGUUGUCUUUGGGACCUUUACACCCUGCCUGGAAAUGAAACUAGGGCAAAGACUGGAUUGAAUAUGGUAAUAGCGCCACCUUGCCCUUGACUGUAAUUUCUGCUAUAUUGCUUUCAUUAAAGCCAUCCUUUCAGAUCUACACGUGCCUUGGGGCUAGGAGUUGAUUUGGCCCCGCCCUAAAAAUAAUCACCUUUAUUAUCAGGGUUAGACAGACACUAUCAUUGUUUGUACAGGUAUGAGGUUGGGUCAGACCAUUGACAGUCUUGGGGGUGUGUUGUGUUUCAGGUCCAGCUCACUCUUCUGACGGCCAUCGUCAAGCUAUUCCUCAAGAAACCCUCUGAGACUCAGGAGCUGGUGCAGCAGGUCCUUAGUCUGGCCACACAGGUGACAGAGACACACACAGAGACACACCAAUAUGUCUCCCUCUUUUGCUUCAAACUGUCUCAAACUUAAAAUCACCACUGUCUAUUCACCACUGUGAUUCCUUCCCCUUGUGUCCUCCUAGGACUCUGACAACCCUGACCUGCGUGACAGGGGUUACAUCUACUGGCGCCUGCUGUCCACCGACCCGGUGACUGCCAAGGAGGUGGUCUUGUCCGAGAAGCCCCUGAUCUCAGAGGAGACGGACCUGAUUGAGCCCACCCUGCUGGAUGAGCUCAUCUGCCACAUUGGCUCCCUGGCCUCUGUUUACCACAAGCCCCCCAACGCCUUCGUGGAGGGUAGCCACGGCAUCCACCGCAAGCACCUGCCCAUCCAGCACGGCAGGUGAGACACAGUUACCAGGAAGUUACUCAGUUACCUAAGUCCCAGGAAGACAGACACUCACCUAACCCCCUAACAAAGCUUCCCUCCCCCUCUAGCACAACAGAUAGGCUAUCAUUGCUUACACACAAAUACCAACAUCUGCUCCCCCAUAGUGGGCGUGGCAAUGGCGCUGUCUCCGGCCUAAAUUUAGAGGCCAUCCUCUUGGAUGCAGAUACAUAAUGUUGCUGCUUUAAAGCUAAAGUUUUGCCAUGGGGCAGCGAGAAGAUUAGUUUUAAAGCUAAUUUCCUGCAAUUCUACACAUUUUGUAAUGGGGCUGAGAGAACAUUUAUGCCGUCUUCUUAUGCUAUCUGAGGGACUCAAACAUUAUAACAAAAUCAAUGGGGGCCCCAUGCCAUGACAUUUUUUAAACUGUCUAGUUUUUAUUUAGGUGAUUGUUAGUUCUCAAAGAUGAUCUUAUUAAAGCAUAUAUAUCCAAUAUAUUUUUAUAUAUAUUUUUUUUAUAUCUGUUUUGAGUCGUACACGAGGGGGGUAUCAUAUUUCUGGAAGUGGUGGCAACGAUUUAGAAGUGCUGCUAAAUGAAUAUAGGGGAAACACUGACAUACAUGCAUCUCUAUGUGCCCUCCUCUCUUCCCACCUCUCAGCAUUGACACAGGCGAGAGCCCGGUGAGCGCAGGGCCAGCGGCCCCCAUUGAACAGGCCCAGUCAGUCAUCCCCUCCCAGGGAGACCUGCUGGGAGACCUGCUCAACCUGGACCUGGGUCCCCCCGUCAAUGUGCCGCAGCAGUCUUCCAUGCAGAUGGGCGCCGUCGACCUGCUGGGCGGAGGCCUUGACAGCCUGGUGAGUGACAGACACUCACACACAAUUGCAAACAACAAAGUGAUUUAUUUUGGUUGGAAUGGUGGGAUUGUCAAUGUAGUCCAUGAGGGAUCAAUAGGAUAGUGCUCUCCAGAUUGUUUCAUUGUGCCAUGAACAAUAAAACGUUGAAUGAUGUCGUGUGAUUGUGCAGGUUUCCUAAGCAGGGUAGGCUUUUCUCAGGCUUUUCUCCUAAGAUAUUGUAGGGACGCAGAGGAAUUCUAGAGGGCAUUUUAAUUGCAUCUGCGUAUUACUAGGAUAACUGCAGGUUUUGGAAUGCAUCAGUGACAGUGGUACAUGUUCCUGUCAAAUAAUCUGAAGGUGUAGGCCUAAGCUUUACUGUGGAGUGAAAAGGUAGAGUUUUUGCUGUGGAAUGGCAGUGUUGUCAGAUGUCAAUGCUCUGGUCAUGCUGCUGGAAGACUCCUUGGCGACAUCAAACUCAUCGAUAUACAGUGCCGUGAAAAAGUAUUUCUCCCCUUUCUGAUUUUCUCUAUUUUGCAUAUUUUUGAUACUGAAUGUUAUCAGAUCUUCAACCAAAACCUAAUAUUAGAUUAAGAGAACCUGAGUUUACAAAUAACAACAAAAAUGUUAUUUUAUUUAUUUAAUUAACAAUGUUAUGCAACACCCAAUUCCCCUGUGUGAAAAAGUAAUUGCUCCCUUACACUAAAUAACUGGUUGUGCCACCUUUAGCUGCAAUGACUGCAACCAAAUGCUUCCUGUAGUUGUUGAUCAGUCUCUCACAUCGCUGUGGCCCACUUUUGCAUGCAGAACUGCUUUAACUCAGCGACAUUUGCAUGAACUGCUCGUUUUACGUCCUGCCACAACAUCUCAAUUGGGAUUAGGUCUGGACUUUGACUAGGCCAUUCCAAAACAUCCAAUGUGUUGCUUUUUAACAAUUUUCAUGUAGACUUGAUUGUGUGUUUUGGAUCAUUGUCUUGCUGCAUGACCCAGCUGCGCUUCAGCUUCAGCUCACAGACGGAUGGCCUGACAUUCUCCUGUAGAAUUCUCAGAUACAGAGCAGAAUUCAUGGUUCCUUCUAUUAAGGCAAGUUAUCCAGGUCUUGAGGCGGCAAAGCAUCCCCAAACCAUCACACAGGGUUUGCACAAGGUGCUUGAGGUGCUUAAAGUACUUGAAUUUAAUUCAAGUACUGGAAUACCUUGAAAAUCAGACAUUUUCUCAAGUUGGUACUUCAAAAGUACUUGAAUUAAAAUAAGAUGAGAACAGAUAAAUGAUCAGAUAUAUUUAUGAAAAAUAUUAUAGAAAUGUAUUGGUCUUGCAAAUUAAUUUCCAGGCAAACUACCGAGUUUUAUUUCCUCACGUGUUUCGCGCUGUGGUUGCCAGGCGAUCUCGCUAAUUUCACCCACACUGCCAAUCAUGCAGGUACAGAACUGACUGAUUAGGCGCCGCCAAACAUCACAUCGAUAGCUACAACGCCGGGAAAAUGUAGAUUCAAUCCUGCCUUUUGUGCGUAUGGAAAAUAUCUGGGUUCUUUUAUUUCAGCUCAUGAAACAUGGGACCAACACUUUACAUGUUGCGCUUUAUAUUUUUGUUCAGUAUAGUUUACCCACCUUUUUUUACCACUACAUCCCUGGACCCAACCAACCCACACCGUGUAAGGUGCAAAAAAUGUGUCAGACUUUGACAUUGCAAGCAUGGGUGAGUCGGCCCUGAAGAGCCACAUGAAGGGGGAAAGACACAACGCUGCAUUCUCAGUUCUACAUUGUGACUUUUUCUCUGCAACAACCUCCAGAACUUUUUUGCCAAUCGCCUCAUUCACAAGGCGCCCGCUAUAUUCCGCUUUAUCAAGUGGUAGCCAUGCUACUGCCUUUCUGGUGGCCAUUCACGUGCCGUUUUCCUCACACAGCCCACCCAAGAUGGGCGACACUAAAGCUGCCAGUCGGAAGCAAGACGCUCUUUCGUAGCUAUUAAGUAGUAGAUUCCCAAAUGUCCAAUAAAAACACAGUCAUUACAUUUUACAUUUUAGUCAUUUAGCAGAAGCUCUUAUCCAGAGCGACUUACAGUUAGUGAAUGCAUACAUGUAUUAUUAUUUUUUUUUUUUUUUUUUCAUACUGGCCCCCCGUGGGAAACAAACCCACAUCGCUGCCGGCCAAACCCUCCCCAUUAAGCUGGAAUUGUGUGGUAAUGUGAAUAGGAAAUGUGUGUUCAUCAGUAGGCAUGUCCCAAUUCUAUGCCCAUCACUACUCAAAUUACAAAAUCAUCAGUACUGGCUUACCACUUAUGUAUGUAGUAAAUAAGUAGUGAAAGAACAUAUUGUUGAGUAUAAUUUUUUAUUUAUUUUUUCAUGAGGUUGUGCCGAUAUACUGCCAUUCGGUGGUGACUAGAAACAAUUGCAUAAUAUGAAUUACGGUCAUUGAAAAUAAAUAUUAGUGCUUGAAAAAGUACUUGAAAGUCCUUGAAUUUGACUAGCCACUGUCUGUACAAACCCUGAUCACACUACCACAACCAUGCUUGACUGUUGGUAUGAGGUUCUUGCUGUGGAAUGCUGUGUUUGGUUUUCGCCAGGCAUAAUGGUACCCAUAAUGGGAUCCACAUUCUGGCUGACACAGCAAGGGUGAUGUAUGCUGAACUGCGGCCACAGAGAGACACUCUGUCUGUCAGUGAGAAGCCUGCCUCCCUGUCCCUGAUUGAUCUGCCAGAAACUAGUACAGAGAGGCAUACAGGCCAGGGACGUCACGAUGCGGCUUCACACUGACAUCUCAAUACAGCAGAGACCCGAGGCGGAGGCUUGGCACGCCAUGGUGGCACUGGCACGCACACAGUAA